CAGCUGUUAAAAAACCGCUGCCGCAGCUCUUCGGAGUCGCAGUCUCGAGACCCGCCACGAAUCCCAGCGCCGCCCGCAUCCGUCCUGCAGCGGCGUCGGCCGGGGCCCCGCGGGCUCUGAACCAUGUACACCCGCACUAGGCUGCAGGGCUCCGGCUUCGGAGCCCCCGCCGCCUCCCGCCCGACCCAGGACCCCCCUGCCUGGCGCGGGGAGCUGGGCCCACCGCAGGCUCCCAGGAGGGAUUUGGAGGCGACUCCCGAGAGCCCUUCGCGGGAGAGCACGGAGCGCGCGCGCCCGAGGUUCACAGGUGCAUAUACCUUGAUAGCACCAAAUGAAAAACGAAGAAAUGAGAUGCAACAGAUGGCUGCAAAAGAGCUGGAGGAGCUGGAAAGGUGGAAGAAACAACAAAGGGUGAAGUCCAUUAACCUGCCGCCCAUGACGCUAGGGGGAAGCCAAUCAGAGGCUGAAGUCAGGCGGAGACAACAGCUUCAACUGAUACAAUCUAAAUACCAGAAGAAGCUAAAAAGAGAAGAAUGUCUAAGAAUCAAGAAGGAAGCUGAAGAAGCUGAAGUCCAAAAAAUGAGGGCAGCUCAGAGAGAGAAGAGCAACAAAUUAGAGGAGAAAAAAAGACUUCAAGAAAACCUCAGGAGAGAAACUUUCAGAGAGCAUCAGCAAUACAAAACCGCUGAGUUCUUAAGAAGGUUUGAGGCCAACGUGCCACUCGGAGGAGCCCGUUCAGCUGCUGGUCACAAUCCACAGUCUUCAGCUUGGGCCAGAAGACGGGCUUAUGUGGAUACUCUAAAGGAAGAAGAAAAUCAAAAAUUGCAAAAGAUGAAGGAAGAACAGCACCAGAAGGGUGAAUUACUGGAAUUUAAACGACAGCAACAGGAGGAAGAAAGAACCAAAAGCCACCAAGCUGAACACAGGAGGGUAAAUAAUGCUUUUCUGGACCGACUCCAAGGCGAAAGUCAACCAGGUGGCCUCCAGCACUUCGGUGGUUAUUGGAAUAUGAAUAGUGGUAACAGCUGGGAUACAUGAGAAAUAUUUGCUUAUGUCUGGCCUUUGUCAACUGACCUUGAAAAACCACACGAGAUGUUUUUCUUUCUUGCAGCUUUGUUCAGCCUCACUGUGUUUUACCUUGACUCCAACUGCCCACUCACUCAGCUGAGCGGCUGAGGAUGACUGGUUUCUUCUCCCUGUCAUUAUUUAUGCAUAUUUGUAGGCACAGAUUACUGAACUCAUAUUUAAUCUCUACUGCUAGUGAAAUGUUGCAUUAUUUUUCUAAUUGUUUUUGCCUCUUAUUGGAAGUAAAAUUACAGCCAUGUUAGUACGCUAGAAUAGCAGGGAGUCAUUUGAUUGUUUCAGGUUAGUGAGAACUGUGGGUGCUGCCUGCCUGUCUCUAAACAGCUAAUUUUUUUCUGCUUCUCAGAUCAGGUUUGGGGAAGCUCUGGCACCUUUAGAUUUCUAUCCCUGUUUUCUUAAUUCAGGCUACAAAUGUGAGCAAAAGAAAAAUCCUUUAUAUGCUUUUAAACAAAUCUAUAAAUAAAAUUUGAACUGCUUCUGUAUAAA